AUGAACAUAACUGCUAGAAGAGACACGGGUAAUGAGAAUCAUAAUAACACAAACCUGAAAGAUGCUCAAUCAGUUUUAGAAGCCAAGAAAAGAGCAUUGCUACGAUCAAUUGCAGAGAGGAAACAGAAAGCACAAAAUGAUAGGCUAAAAACGGAAGCAAAAGACUCAGUGCUUACUGCUGUCGAGGAGUUGGUGAGACUGGGGUUCUCAUUUGAUUCACUGAGCCGAGAGCCGCUCCUUAGUAAGGAAUUUUUGAAAGAGGCCUUUGAAGAAUCAGGCCGAACAGUAUCGAUCAUGGAGACAAAUAGUUCUAAGGUCAAUACUACAUUCGACCAUGUGAAUCCUGUUAUCGAGCCUGUACAGGUUGAUACCCCUGCCCCACUCGAGGCCCAGCUUUUACCUACAGCAGAGCCUGCUUUCAAAAGAAGAUCUGUUAACAAAAGCCCUGUAUGGCUGCAAGACCUUGUCAUUGAUCUCACCAGUAGCGGGGAUGAUGACGAUACAGCUAACUCAGGAGAAAUAGAUGCUCCUCACCAAAGCCAUGGAGGCGUCCUGGGGCCGGCGAAUAAUGCUACUGCCAUCAACAUUGGAUCCGAGGUCAGCAGGCUAACAAUGCGUCUAAAGAUUGAAAUUUCACGCCUGAGACAGCGCCUCAAAGCCUGUCAAUCCGCUUCGAUAACCGAAAAUACCUUGAAAGUUUUGUUGGACAAAAAGGAAGAUAUGAUCCAGGAUAUCGAGAGCUUGUUCCUUGAACUCGAAGCACGAAAAGAGCGUCCCCCCGGUUGA